CGACUGCUUUUGAAACUACGUAGUAAGUUCGAAGAAUGCUGAGCGUGGCGCUCGAAUCUGUCAACACUCUGCGGCUUUGCUUAGACAAUCCUCGAUAUGGAGUCGCGUAAUCCGAAUCCAAGACUUCAAUUAUUUAUAAAUCGAGCAUUUGGGUGAAGCUUUAUAAGUACGUUUUCAACUCAAUUAGUAGUUACGACAUUUCUUACGCUUAUCAAGUUGUUUCAUCAAAUUUUCGAAAGUUCCAAGAUGUUCUUUCACGGAUCAAAAAUCAGUUUUAUUUAUUUUUUUUUCAUAUCAAUAUUAAUUGAGUAAAUUAAGAACAAAAAUUCCGAAAAUAUGUCAGAGCUUGGCACAGCUUUGGAUGAAAAGUUUUAGGAGCUUUGAAAAAAAGGAAUAAUUUAUUAAAAAUGUUUAAAGCAAUCUAUUUUCAAUUUCCCGCCAUAACAAUCGAUGGAAACAUUAGGGUCCGACGCUGAGCAAUUGUUAAAAUAUGACUAUCAUAUGACCGUUUGGGGUCUUGUGGUGCGGCUUAUGAACUCAUUUUAUGUCAGCAGCAGGCAGCAGCAGUGAGCCACCAGUCGGAACAUCAUUCAUCAUUGUCAAUCGCAUGCGCGGAAUUUGACUCACCACAAGUGCGAGAUAUUGUGGAAUCGCGAAAAAGAAAUGUUCAAAUAAGCACCAAUUCCACGAGUUGUGUUUAAAAGUAAACCAAGCUCUCGCGUAGUAGAACACGCGUUCAGUAGUGAAUUACAGCUAGACCAAUAGCCAUGUAAAAUUGGCGUGAGCAGUGAGCCGUGUUGUACAUAUACGUGUGUCCGCAUAGUGUGCGCUUUGCUGCCUUUGCUCGACGAGCUCUGCCUCUGCCUCCUUGAAAGAAAGAGAAAGAGAAAGAGAAAGAGAAAGAGAGUUGAGAGACCGGGUAGUGUUUGGGUACGGUCACCUGAACGUACAUGAGUAUAUAUAUAACUAUACGACUCAGACAGAUACAUACACCACAAGUAGAAGUGAGCUACAUAGGCAGAAGUAAAAAGAGAUGAGACUAGAGAGAAAAGGUGUGCUGUUCGGCCGCCUGGAAAUACACUGUGUACAAGUGCCACUACUGCCAGCAGCAUUUACCAGUUGACCGUAUAGCGUGCAAAAAUCACAGGCUGCAGCCAGCAGCAGCAGCAGCAGCAGCAACAAAUUUGCAUAGCUCCGAAAAACUUAUAUACGUGCAGCACGAAAGUAAGACAGUGGUAGGUGGUGUAUACAUACGUCAUACAUAAGCAUAAGUACUUGCGUGUGCGUAAAAAAAUGCAGCAGCACACGGCUGCGAGCUAGCCUGCUGCAUUGCUCGCUCGAUGUGUACGACACGAUGCAUCAGUUCUCGGGUAUGCGACACAUAGGUGCAUCGAGACGACCUGGAAAAUAGCCUAAGCUGGACGAGGCCCGUGUGGGACAAUACCGACUCUUAGCCUAUUUCGCGUGCUGCCCAGUGCCAAGCCUUCGAACUCGUUUCUAUUUUUUACUGUGCGUGGAGUGCGAAUCUAGUGAGAGUGUGCCGAUCGCGUCUCGUCGUGUAGACCGUCGACUAUCGAGAGUGUGUUGUUUAUAGUUCGCCGUUCAUAUUGGCCCAUCGUCGCUGAAAAACAACGUCCGCACCGAGUGUACGCCCUCGCUGCUGCAUUGGCUUUACAUUGGUCAGGUUUGAUUUGCGUAACGCAGAAACGCACGUUUUUUUUGCCUUGCCGUGGCGACGGCCGAGCGCGGUGCCGUUCCAACGGCCCUUGAAAUUCUUCAACCAUUGCACCCGCAGCGCCUCGGGUCGCCCUAGCUGCUGCUGCUGCUUCUGCUAGCUGUUCCGCAGACCGGCGGCUGCUACGGGGUUUGGCAAGAUGGCCGACAGGCCCGGGCCGUGGUCCUGCACCUGGUGCCUCAGGUUCAAAUUCAGUCCCGAGGAGAUUGAGCAACGCUGCAAGAGCCAGGAGAUAGAUCGUAUGCUCGAAAAAGACAGACAGUCGCUUCGUAGACAAGUCAAGCUCCUACUUCUCGGCGCCGGUGAAAGUGGCAAGUCCACCUUUCUCAAGCAGAUGAGGAUCAUACAUGGGAUUAAUUUUGAGCCUGAAUUAGUAAGAGAAUAUCAACGAGUAAUUUAUCAAAAUAUUGUCAGAGGCAUGAGAGUGUUAGUCGAUGCUAGAGAUAAAUUAAAUAUACCCUGGGAACAUCAAAAAAAUUAUGAUAUAGGGUAUCAACUUCUGAAAUUAGAAAAUACAACAACAUUAGAUGCUAGAAGUUUUUUGCGAUGUGUACCGUCUUUGCAAAGUUUAUGGAAAGAUGCUUCAAUAAGAAGAGCCUUUGAUAGACGAAGAGAAUUCCAAUUGAGUGAUUCAGUGCAAUAUUUUUUUGAUGAUAUUGAUAGGAUUGCAAAAUUAGAUUAUACUCCAACCCAUCAAGAUAUUUUACACUGUAGAAAAGCUACUAAGGGAAUAUCAGAAUUUACUAUAUCAAUUAAUAAUAUUCCAUUUUUAUUUGUGGAUGUUGGAGGUCAGAGGUCUCAAAGGCAAAAAUGGUACCAAUGCUUUGACUCAGUAACUUCAAUACUAUUUUUAGUUUCUUCAUCAGAAUUUGAUCAAGUCAUAGUAGAAGAUAGGAAAACAAAUCGGCUGGAGGAAUCAAAAAACAUAUUUGAUACAAUUAUUAAUAAUGUAAUUUUUUAUGGUGUAUCAGUAAUAUUAUUCUUGAACAAAAUUGAUUUACUGGAAAAAAAGGUCAAAUCUACUGAUACGAAUAUUGGAUUGCAUUUUCCACAAUUCACAGGAGACCCUCAUUGCAUGAAAGAUGUUCAAAGUUUUAUAUUGGAUUUAUUUGUCAAAGUUAAAAGGGACCCAAAAAAACCAUUGUUCCAUCAUUUUACUACCGCUGUAGAUACGGAAAAUAUUAAAGUAGUAUUUAAUGCAGUUAAAAAUACCAUACUUCAUCGUAAUUUGGAAUCACUCAUGCUACAGUAACAAAAGAGAAAAUAAAAUGUAAAGACUACAUUUAUUUACUAUUUAUAUGAAGGUAUGCAAUUAUUUUUUAUUAAGUAAAAUUAAUGAAAAAAUACCGAGACUUAUUUAUGAAUAUUAUAGAAUAAUAUAAAAUAAUAAGCAGGUACUUUUUAAAAGACAAUAUAUCUGUAUGAAUUAUAAGUAGAAAGUCAUGAUAGUUUAAUGAUCAUGUCAUGAAAACACUUUUAUGUAAAUAAAGCCACUUAAGGCGAUAUAGAAUUAUUUCGUAUAGAACAGAGUUAAAAUUUUAUAAAUUGUAAAAUAAAUCUUCCAUCAUUUUGUUGAUAAUUGAAUAUUUUGAUAAAUUAAAUUUACAAUCAUUUUAUGUAGAUAAUAUUUUGUGAAUUUGAUAAAAUGAAGAAUUUGAUUUUGUACUAUCAGUAUAUAAUAAAUAACUUUAUGAUUCAAGAAAAAUUUACUACAAAAUCAAAUUUUUGAAUGAUCAAUUAUGGUUCAAUAGAAUUUAUUGACUUACCAAUCUGUCAAAUUACAUUCAAAUUGAAUUAAUAAUUUGCAUAGCUUAUGAAAUAUUGAUCAUAAAAAAUAUUGUAAAAUAAAAGACUAAAAGCAACAAUCAUGCUGUACAAGCUCAAAUGCAGUUACAUUGUUUGUGCGAUUGACUAGUUUUUGUCUUUCAAAGUAUUAGUAUUUUUUAGAAUUUUAAUGAAGUAAAACAUUUUAUACUUUAAUACUGAUACAUACAAAAUAUUUACUAUAAGAUAAUUAAUGUUUCAAGUACAUCUUAUUUUAAUAACAUAACAUUAUAAUUGAAGUUCCCAAAUACACAUGCAGUUCAAUGUGCCAUGAAUAAAAUUUUUAAAUUCAUGACCAACCCUUAAAAACAUAAUAACACUUAAAAAUGUAUUUUAUUACUGAUUGGAAUACUUAAAUUUUGCUGACUGAAAAACCUUAUUUAAAUUGUUGUAUAGUUGCAAUCAGUAUUAUCUUUAAUUAGUGAUUAUUCCCAUUUUCAUAAAGCAAUAAAAAUUUAGUUUGAAGUUGAAUUCGUUUCAAAUUUUAUAAACAGUUUUAGCUAAAAGUUUUAUAUAUGAGCUAUGCGUUAACACAAUGCAAACAAAUGAAUACUAUUAUUCCUAUCAGUGGUUUUGUAAGAAACAAAAGCCAUAAAAAAUGGAUUUGAAAUUAAUAAAAUAAUAAUUUUUGUUGAAAUUCUAACUACAGUAUUGAAAUAAGAUCUGAUGAUGUUGAUCGAUCAAAGUAAUUAUUAUCUACUUAUAAUGAACAAAUACUAUAUUUGAUAUAAGUUUAAAUUUAAAUGAUUUCAAGUUUCAAAAGUUAUAAAAAAUCCAUGAAUAACACGUUAAUUUUUUUUAGAACAAAUCGUUAUCUUAGCACAAAAACCGUACUGAUAAACUCCCUUAGUCCUAUGUCUUCAACAUAAAACUUAGGCAGUUUUUGCUACUCAAAUUUAUUAGUGCAGUUUUGGCGCUGGGGCGACGAAAUAGAAAACUCCUGCCAUUUCUUAUGAAUUGUUGGUAGACAUUGGUUUAUUUUGUUUUUGUCAUUGAAAAAUUGAGAUAAAAUUAAAUUUUUUUUUUUAAUUAUUUUGGUGGUUUUGUUAUAAUCUCUUUGUGCAUCAACAUUCCAUUCCAGACAAAUUAAAUAAAGUUGAAUUAUUUGAAAUCUAAUUAUUUACUCAAACUGCAAUGUAAGACUAUAAUAUCGUCGAAUAUUUAUUCUAUAUUUUUUCAUUUACUAACAUCAACAUGAUAUAUAGUAUUUUUGACACAAAUAUUUGUGAAGUAUUUAUAAUUUUUUUCUAGUAUGUAAGUUAUUUUGCAAAUUAAUAUUCAACUUUGCAAUAGUACGUUUUGAAAAUCUAUUGCCGAAACAGGAAAUGAUCAUAUUUUUGUAUACUUCUAAAUAUUUUCUAAAUUAAAAAAGUGAUUUGUAUUCUUGCACUGAAAAUACCGAUUGUCCGAUAAUUUUAACAAAAUGAUAAGACAACAUGAAUCAUGAAAUUGGAGAAAUAACUAAAAAUUUACCAAUUGUAAAUAAUGUACAAUGAAUUACUACGAAAAGUUCAUCGAAAAAUUGUUCAAUGUUAUUAUGUAUUUAAAAAUAGAUCUUGCAAUUUUGUAAUUUAAAACUACAAGACUUAUCAUAAAUUAAUUUGUAAUAUUAAAAUGCAAAUGUUAUUUUUUAACUGACUAAAAUUUGUUGUACUAAUAUAUACUUCGUAAAAAAUAACAUAUUUUAUAGAAUCUCAAAUGGUAUACUACCAGAAA